GAAUUCAUAAAUUAAAAUUAAAUAUCAUCAUGUCAUUUGUUCUUGAUCCAUUACCAUAUGCUUAAGAUGCUUUGGCUCCACACAUUUCAGCUAACACAAUAAGUUUUCAUUAUGGAAAACAUCAUGCUGGAUAUGUGAACAAAUUGAAUGAAUUAACUAAAGGAACACCUUAUGAAAAUUAAAGUCUUACAGAUGUUGUAAAGAAUACUUUUGGAAACCCUGCCACUGUUGCAAUAUUCAAUAAUGCAGCUCAAACAUGGAAUCACACGUAUUAAUUAAGAAUUAUACAUUAGAUUUUAUUGGAGAAGCAUGAAACCUUAAGGUGGUGGUGGUGCAACUGGAUAAGUUAAGGAUUUAAUAUUGUAAAGCUUUGACAGCUUGGAUUCUUUCAGCAAAGCAUUCACAGAUGCUGCCUUAGGUUAAUUUGGAUCAGGGUAAGAAUAUUCUUAAAUCUAAAUAGAUGGACUUGGUUAGUAGAAAAAGAUGGAAAAGUGAGUAUAGUCAAAACUUCAAAUGCUGAUAAUCCUAUUACUUAAGGAUAUAACCCCUUGAUUACAUUAGAUGUUUGGGAACAUGCUUAUUAUCUAGAUUUUUAGAAUAGAAGAAUCGAUUAUGCAAAUUUGUUUUUAACUAAUUUAGUCAAUUGGGAUUAUGCUAAUCAAAAUUUGGUAAAUAAAGCUCAUUUAUGAAAUAUUAUCAUAAUAAUCCAGAAUCA